AUGGGCGACACUCAGGACUCGGAGGCGAUCUCAGCAUACCUCACAGACCUGCAGGACCAGGUCCGUGCACCGUCGCCACCGCUUGCGGCUGCAGUUCGUGUCCUCGCGGAGCCAUUGUCCUUCCUCGGUCUCCUGCCCAGUCGUGCUGACACAAAUGGGACCACGAGAGAAUCAUUCCCACAUUGGGCUGGACCUGUUCAGCAAACGGCCUCCAAGCAGCUGUACUUUAUCCAGCACCUCCUCCCCAACCACCUUGACUUUAUUCUCGAUAACAUCACGUUGGACUGGCUGAGCGCACUGCCUUCAGCACAGCAGACGGCCUUGUUCGACACGUACUUUAUCCCAGCACUGUCACGCCAACAAAACGCCUGGAAUGCAUUGGUGGCCGUGAUGUCCUUACAGACCCUUGUGAACAGGAUCAAUUCCCGGUUCAGCGAGAACCAUUCGUUCUUCAACAAGACUGUCCUGCGUCUGCUUCGGAGACUGGUAGAAACGUACUCGUUAGCGGAUUUCUGCCAGGGUUGCUCAGCCUUCGGACAGAUGGAUUACAGUUCAGGAGGCACUGGCGGGCCAACAUUGGAUAUAACAGCCUGGGACACAUUCCUGUCAAAGUUGUUUUCGGUCCCUACCAGGAUCGCGAACGCAUUUGGAGUGUCGCUCAAAAAUGAAAUCGAGGAAUGUUUUCAGGAGGUAGUGUUCAUCCAGCGGCAGACUGCACAAUUACAGCGCUGUCUGGAGAGUAUAGGGGAUAUGGAGCAAGGGUUGCAGAACCAGUAUGCUAGAGCACUUGCGAUCGUCGUUGCGAAACUCUUGCGCCUGGGUUAUGGAAGGAUCUUGGUCGAAUUGGUGGUAUCUGUACUUUGGGGUUCAAGUGUGAGCACUGUAGCGUCAGGAUGGAAACUGGUAUUAUCACACACGUCUUCACCAGGGACAACACAGCUUUUUCUCACAGCAUUAAUGGAUUAUCUCGACAAAAAUCAGCUGGAUUUCAAUAGUGGUGACAAUCUACUUCGUCAACAUCGUCCGCAGGAUACGAUAUCGGAGGAUCAAAAACUCGAAGCCGUGCAAAGAGGAGCGAACCUACUGAUAUCGAUUGGAUUUGGAGCUGAAGAGAAGAACAACGGGAUGGUUGGAGAGGUGUUGCUACAGGGACGGGUCUUUGGUCUUGGCGCGCUGCGCAUGUUGAUCUGCAUUCAGAGUGGCUGGCCCACAGGUGUGCGGUCGAAUAAAGAUUCGGUUCUGGCGCAGACUUUCAAGAGAUCCCUGGAAAUUUGGUCCGAUUCUAUACUUGUUAACCAUUCAUCCGUCGAGUAUCAGAGAUACAUUUCGUAUCAAGUUCUGCUCAUGCUUGGAUAUCUCGACCAUAAAGUGAUAUUCGAGAUGGAUUUGAUACCCAUGUUCGGUGCUGGCAUGACCGGUUGGCUCGAAAUAGAGGAUUUCAAAAAGAAACAGAUCGCACUGGCAAGUCUACAUGUGGUCGCGGAGGAGUUUUCGCGGAUCGUGGAUACGAUUGGGUCACCGGCAGAUUUUGACCUGAAUAAUGAGGAUAAGGACGUUCGGCUCGGCCGAUCCCUUGUUCGCCUCAAGGACGGUGCCAAGCCGUACAACCCUACCACGCUUCCAUCUUUCAACACUAUUGGGGGCCCCGGUACAGAAAAAGACGUAGCUGAAGGAACAUCGACGACGCCGACUGUUACCCAAGGAUUCUUGCUACAAGAGGAUUCCGACGAUGAAGAAGACCCAGACGCGAUUGAGGGUCCCUAUUCCAAAGCCGCGAGGGCAAGGAAAGACAGUAGUGACGAGAGUAGUGAUGAAGAAGACGACUUGAAGCCCUAUGAGAUGGAGUACGAGUCAGAUCCGGAUGAAGAUGCUGGAUCGGUCAAGAAAGCCAAGGUCGCAGUGCCAGUCUACCUGCGCGAUCUGGUAUCCUAUAUCCGAGCGAGUGAAGAUCGCGACAAGACCGAAAUUGGACUGAAGAAUGCUGCUGAGCUGAUUCGGCGCAAGGUUGGCAGUCUGGAAUUGGAGGAAUACGCAGAAGAAUUGGCCAGGUCACUGGUUCUAUUGCAGGAUAAUUUUGACUUGCCCGGUUUCUACAGAUCCAGAGAAAAUUCAUUGAUAGCCCUGAUUGUAACUUCACCUGUCUUGGUUGCAGGGGUGUUGACGCAGGAAUUUUACGCGCGAAAGAACUCGAUGGGGCAGCGACUAAAUAUUUUGACCGCUCUAGCGCUUGGUGCACAGGAGCUGUCAGGGUCUGAUCGUCCUCCAGCAGUAUCCUCAUCAACAUCAGCAAAGAAUGUCUCAAGGUCACUUCCCAAGAAGUCCGAGAUACCCACCGCUGUUGCAGUUCAGAAGCCGUCGUUCGAUUCAAUCACAUCAAGUAUUUCCAUGGAACGAACGCGUCGCUUUUCUCAAAAGUCGCAUAUCGAGGCGAGUCGUCCAGCACCCAAGGCCAAUGCGUUCUCAAACGUAGCACCGAUCUUUUUAGGUGGACUACUUGGACGUUGGGGCGGUAACCGCGGUGCAGGAAUGGAACGUGGAUAUGACGCGUUGAAAAAGGCACCAGUGAUAGUCCUCAAGAAGUUUGUGAUCACUCUCGGCGUUUUGGUUCAUUAUGCAGGUACUUCACCGCAUCUAAUUCCUAUCACUAGGGAACUGUUUCAGUUCUUGCUUGCACUUCGAUAUCAUAAUCCACCGGCCCAAGCAACUCCAGGACCGAUACCAGGAGCAGCAGCCACUACUGCAAGUCUGACAGGAUCAGUAUUUUCAACACCUUCGCUGACCUCUCUGAGACUGCCGGGCGACGUUGGGGUCGCGACCAGACUUUCAUCUACAGGCGCUGGAGGCUCAUUGUCAGCACUGUCUUCAGGGUCGUUGCCCUACAAUCCUGACCUGGUAGAAAGCAUCCUCUUCGAUCUCCUGAUUUUGCUGACACCAUCGACACAGACACUAUCGGAUCAGCUUCUUAUGCAUGAAUUUUAUGCAGAGAUUAUGGAGUGCCAGCAGUGGGCAAUGGAGCUAUGGGAGGUGUACAAGCUUGAACAAGGCAGUGGGGAGAAGGCAAGGAUGUACUGCGCGGCAUUACUGCAGCGGUCAUUUGAACUCUUGGAAGUGCACAUGUAA